GCGUUUGGAUAGCAAGGAAACUGGCGUUUUGCGCGUUUACGUUUUGCUCUGCUGGGACCCACGCGCACGCGAGCUGAAGAAAAACGCAAGUCUGGGCUGUUGCUGAAACGCAAGUUUCCUCCUACUACACGCACCGUUUCACUUAUCCUCCUACACGCACCGUUUCAUUUAAAAAGCUCUACGCACCGUUUCAAUGCAAGAGCUGAAACAAUCAACCCAUUGCCUCUUGCGUGUACUGUUCAUGUCUCAAAAUGCUGAGGAAAACGGUGCACAAGCAGAAGCUGUUAAAACAGAGCAUCAACGGUACGCAGUCCAUUGUAACGGCUAUUUCCAUUCUCACGGCUUCUGCUUUUUCUCUCAACUACCGGUGGCAGAAUGCCUUCAAUCCCCUUCAAUGCUCCAUCCAAUUCGUCUUCAAUGUCGUUCACCUACCCACCAACCAGCAAGAUAUCAAAACAGAGCACAGCAAUUGAUUACUGCAAACCCAGUAGGCAGAACCAAAAGAGAAGAUCCCCUCUGUUCAACAAACGCUCGAGCUCACCUUCUCUCCGCUUCGGUCAUCGUCGCUGCCACUCCCCAUCUCUGCAUUCACGGGGAAACGGACCCAAUAUUUGCUUAACUGUCAAAGCAACCAAAUAGAGAAUGUUUUGAGCCGGCACUAUAGAAAAGGAAAGUGCCGGGCCUUUUAGAGUUUUAUGCAAUGUGAAAAAAGAAAAAAAAUGAAGGUGCUCAAUCAACUACCAGUUACUUGUAGGCUGAUUACUUGGCUAUUAUAGUCUCAAGGUUUACAAAAAGGAUGGAUUUGCUAAACGACUCAUCUGAUUCCCAGCACAACGACGCAGACUUCGAUCUGAGUGACGACAUUGUACUUGCAGCAUAUCUAGCCGGGUGUGCAUGUCUAGCUUACGUGAAUACCUAUAUGACCAAAGUACCAUUGCAUACGAAUAUACAAACUGGCUUAGAAUGGGUACAAUAUAUUUUAACUGGACAUGAGAAGAAAUGUCGAAGAAAUUUUAGAAUGUCAAGCUGUGUGUUUAGACAAUUGUGUAAUACACUGCGCCAGUAUGGAUAUUACGGUACCAGAGGUGUUUGCGUGGAAGAGUCUCUGGCAAUGACAUUGAUGAUACUUGGUCAUGGUCAGGGUAACAGAAUGGUGCAGGAAAGAUUUCAGCACUCGGGUGAAACAGUGCAUCGACACAUGGGCACGGUAGUUACAUUAUUAGCCACCGUUAUGGCACGGGACAUUAUCCAACCUGAUGAUCGUACAUUUCGGGACGUGCCAGAACAUAUUCAACAUUCAGAUCGAUAUUGGCCACAUUUUAAGGGUUGCAUUGGUGCAAUUGAUGGGGUCCAUGUCCCCGUGGUCAUUGAUGUUAAGGACCAGCUCCCAUACUAUGGCAGGAAGGGGAUCACCACAACAAAUUGCAUGUGCGCAUGUGACUUUGACAUGAAGUUCACAUUUGCAUGUGUUGGAUGGGAAGGAUCAGCGCAUGACACGAGGAUUUUUUACAGCUGCCUCAAUAAUGAGAGUUACAACUUUCCGAAAGCUCCAGCUGGGAAGUAUUAUUUGGUUGAUUCAGGAUACCCUAUGAGGAAAGGGUUCCUUGCACCAUAUAAGGGGGAGAGGUACCACAUUGGAGAAUUUCGGCCUUCUGAAGUGUUGCAUCGUCCAGAGGAGAGGUUUAAUUAUCUCCAUUCAUCACUCCGUUCGGUCAUAGAACGAACUUUUGGAGUUUGGAAGAAGAAAUGGCAAAUUUUGACACAUAUGCCACCUUUUAAGAUGCACACUCAAAACUUGGUCAUUGUUGCUACAAUGGUUCUUCACAAUUUCGUUAGAACACAUGAGAUAAACAAUGAUGUUGAAUGUUCAGGAUCUACAGAGGGCACAUCAUUUGGUAGUGAGACAGGUCAUUAUGAUGCCAUGGCAGAAACAAACUCAAUCUUGGACGAACCUCAAAUGAAACAGGUUCGUAUGCGUAUCACAAGAUCGAUAUGUGCGGACGAUAACUGACUUUUGUGGGGAUCAUAAUUGAUGGUUUUUUGAGUUCGUGGAUUUGUUUUGUUAUGAAUCAUGAGGAUGAAGUGUUAAAUCUGUAUCUUACAAACUUGCAGGACACUUGAUAGUUUAUCCAAAUUCACACAAAAAGUGUUUUGUUGUUGGCAUCGACUAUGUAUUUUUCACAAGUAGAAAUAAGACCAAUUAUCACUUUCGUACUA